AUGCGGGAACUAAAACUACUCCAUCUUAGUCAUGUACAACUUAACGGAUCUUAUGCAGAAUUUUGUACAGGAUUAAGAUGGUUGUGUUGGACUAAGUUUCCUUUGGAUUCUAUACCCACCGAGUUUUCUUUGAGGAGCCUGGUUGUUCUUGAAAUGAGAUAUAGCAGCUUGAGGCAAGUCUGCAAAGGAACAAAAUGUCUUCGAUCAUUGAAGAUUCUUGAUCUCAGCCAUUCUCAUUCCCUUACAGAAACCACUGACUUCUCAUUCUGCCCAAAUCUAGAGAAACUUAUUCUUGUAGAUUGUGUGAGCCUGAUUUAUGUCCAUGGAUCCAUUGGAAACCUUGAGAGACUUGUUUACCUGAAUACGAAGGAUUGCAAAAGUCUUAAGAUGCUUCCAGAGAACAUAUGUAUGCUAAAAUUACUUGAAACACUUAUUAUAUCUGGUUGCACAAGUCUUAAUGAGUUAUCAAUUGAGAUGUUGAGGAACAUUGAAUCUCUGAAAGUGCUUCAUACGGAUGGAAUUCUGAUAGGUGAACUAGUCCGAGGAAGAAGUUCAUGUAUCUUGAGUUGUUUAACAUGCUCUUUAGUUGAUUUAAGUCUUCAGGGGUGCAAUCUUUCGAAUGAUGCCUUUCCAAGGGAAUUUAGUAAUCUAUCCUCAUUGCGAAGACUAAAUAUAGGGGACAAUCCAAUUUGUAGCCUGCCCAAUUGUAUCAAAGGUUUAACUAGGCUUGAUAAACUCUCUUUUUCGGGAUGUAAGACUCUGAAAUUGCUUGAGGGGUUACCAAGAGUGGGCACGUUGGAUGUAGCAGACUGCAUAUCGUUGGAAAAAAUAACAUAUGAACGCCGUCCAAGGCGCAUUGAUGCAAUAUUGUGGAACAAUUGCAACCUAGUUGAGUGGCAGUACAGGUACAAGCUAGAACCCGUUGGAAGUGUUGAUGCAGAAAUUAUCAACCUUUUGGGCUUGUCAAACUUGGAAUCCAUGGCACCCAUUCGGAUGCGCAAACGAAAUUGGAUGUCUGCAAAGGAUGUUUGGAAUCCCGUCCAGGGCAGUUCAGCCACAAAAGUACAAAGUCCACAAAAGUACAAAGUCCCCGAUAUACUUGACAAUCACAGAAUUCAAGGCUUGAAGGUCUUCGUUGUCUAUACAAAAUUGUAUGCUAAUUAUUCUGUUAGAGGAGCUUUACCUGGGGCAAUAAUUACUAGAGUAAAAAAUAAGAGCCUCUGGAAGUGGAUCUAUUGCCCACGAUGCUACGGUAUUCCAGGUGAAGGAGAAGACAUGAUAUGGUGGUUAAGCCUCUGGAAGUUGGAGGAGCAGGUUCACUUAGAAGGUGGCGAUGAAGUUGUUGUUUCAGUAAUUAUGCAACCUUGGCUUCAGGUAAAGGAGUUUGGCAUCCAGCUUGUGCAGCAGCUGCAACAGGAGAAUCAUAAUAUGAUGACUGUUUCCACAGAUGCUUCUUAUUAUCCACGUGUCAAGAGUGGAGAUUUGUAUCAAUAUCUGCCAAAACAUAGAGAAUAUUGA